AGAAGAAAUGGUGGACAAAUUGUAUCCACAUGUUCAUCACCAAAAUGGGCCACUCGUUCAAGAGAGCAGUUGCACAUUUCCAACCUUCUCCGCAAGCAAACACAUCAAAAUAAUGGAAAAGUAAAAAAGAACAACCCCCUUCCCAAGCAAAGAUAGAGAUAUAUACAAAGCCAGAACAAUCCACACUUUUAUAGGCACCUUUGAAGAACCAUAGCCAUAUCAAAAACCCUGAGACUGAGAGAAGCAAACUUUACUUCUUCCAACAUGGGCAUGGUUUUUGGAAAGAUAAGAGCGGAAACCCCAAAAUACAAAGUGCUUCAAUCAACAACCGACUAUGAAAUCCGGCAAUAUCCACCUUCAGUGAUAGCCCAAUUAACCUACCAUCCAUCGCAGAUGAAGGGCGACAAAGACGGCGGCUUUUCUGUGCUGGCCAAUUACAUAGGCGCCUUUGGAAACCCACAGAACACCAAGCCUGAAAAAAUUGCCAUGACAGUUCCAGUCAUAACCAAGAGCUCAGCUGAAAAAAUUGCCAUGACGGCUCCAGUUGUGACAAAGACUGGUGGUGCUGAAGAUGAGAAUAAGAUGGUGACAAUGGAGUUUCUGUUGCCUUCUAAGUAUGAGAAGGCAGAGGAGGCUCCUAGGCCUGUGGAUGAGAGGGUGGUGAUUAGGGAGGAGGGUGAGAGGAAAUAUGGGGUGGUGACUUUUCGGGGUGUGGCUACAGAUGAGGUGGUGGAAGAGAAGGUGGAGAAGCUGAAGCAGAGCUUAGAGAGAGAUGGGUAUAAGAUUAUAGGGGAGUUUUUGCUGGCUAGAUAUAACCCUCCUUGGACUUUGCCUCCAUUCAGGACCAAUGAGGUUAUGAUCCCAAUAGAGUAGUUUCUCAGAUUCUUGUAUGCUUCUCUGUUUUUUUUUUUCACAUUCAGUAUUAAAUAAAUGAAAACAUGUAAUUUUCUGUCGAUUAUAUAUAAAUCACUAUUUAGAGUUUUUCCAUUUUA